AUGGAUGACAACAUUGGAGGAAGUUCCUCAAACGACAAUGGUUAUGAUGGUAUCAAAGAACAGGACCGGAUGCUGCCAAUAGCCAAUGUUGGACGGCUCAUGAAGCAGAUUUUACCUCAGAAUGCAAAAAUCUCGAAGGAAGCGAAGGAAACAAUGCAAGAAUGUGUGUCGGAGUUCAUAAGCUUUGUGACCAGUGAAGCUUCGGAGAAGUGUAGAAAGGAAAGGAGAAAGACUGUGAAUGGUGAUGACAUUUGCUGGGCCUUGACUACACUUGGCUUUGAUGACUAUGCAGAACCCAUGAGAAGGUACUUGCAUAGAUAUAGAGAAUUAGAGGUAGAUCAUCACAAGGUAAAUCAAGAGAGAGGGAAUAAUAGCCCCCAAGAAAAGGAUGAACUAUAUAAAUUGCGCAAUAGAGUGGGAUUUGAUUGA